AUGCUGUGCACCGUCAAAGCCCCCAUUGCCGCCUACCUCACUUUCGACGACGUUGUCUGCAUCGCCAAGGAGCAAAAGGUGGUUGAGAUUGCCCCUGCCCCGCACCUGCCCUCCGAUAUAUGGUGUUGUGGUGCGUGCAUGCACUGUUUUGGUGUUGACAAACGUAAUCGCACCUGCCCCAACACUCACACCAACCAUCCAACGUGCGCAAUGUGGUGCAGUCACUACUUCAAGGAGGUGAAUCUGCGCAUUCAAGUCGCGGAGAUGGUGACUGGCGUUGACCUUGUGCAAUCGCAGCUGAUGCUUGCUGGCGGCGCGACGCUCAUCCAGGUGCGCAUCACCACGAAGGACCCGCUCAACGACUUUGCCCCCGAUACAGGUGCACAUGCGCUUGCGUGCGUCCAUUCACCCAGCCGCGAACUGGAGCCAUACACAACAGCAGCACCACCACCGGCACAUGGCGACGAGAAGGAUGAGGGAGAGGUUGAUGAGGCGGCACUUGGGCCGUUUGACGUGCUUGUGCACCACACGGGCAUGCUUGAGCUGGUGCGCGCGCUCCUUGGGAAGCAGCAGGGCGUCAUCAGCAUCACACCACUGGACGAGCAUCAGGGGCAGGUUGCCCGCGUCAGUUGCGCGACGCGUGACGUUGGCGAGCGCGUCCUGAGGGAGGUGACGAACUUCCCUAUUGGGCAGGUGCAGCUGACGGCCCGCCGCGAUCCGGACUGCCCCGCUUGGACGGCGGACGAGCUGUGGUCCGUGUGGGUUGAGCCCGUGUCCGAGGGUAUUGAAGAGGUGCUGCCCUCGCUCGCCAAAGCAAACGGCGGCUUUCACUCACACACGUACAAGCCGCACGGUAACCGCGUCAGGGGCACAUUCAGGUUUGUGUCACGGGAAAGCGCCGAGCUGAUGGUCCGCCUGUACGACCAGCGAGAGGUGCUGGGCACGAAGCUCAACGUGUUCCCAGACCCAAAGGCAAAGAACUGA